GGAAAUUUAAGUUCAGAAGUGUAAUCGAUGUUUCGAUAGUGUAAUCGAUGUUUUUCCACCGCUAUCAUGUCGUCGCUGGAAUGGGCUUGUGCACCGCGCUGCUAUCAAGUAACAAAAAACCAUCUACGUAGACAUGCAACGCAGGAACAUCCGCUUAAGCAGCUGGCUGCAAGUGUUGCGGUUUUGGAAAACAACAAUCCGCUGAGCUUGGCCUUGGCACUCGAGGGCACCGAUCCUUUGUCUAAGUUUGCGCGCCAGGAGCAAGAGCUCAACGAUCCAUUGACCCAAAUGGCCAGUGAAUAUACACUCAAAUCCAAACGCAGUAAUGCAGUUGAUCCUGAGGAUAACACGCUGAACUGGAGUACGCGUCGCCUGGGAAUUUUAAAUCGUUUCACCACUAAUGAGAAGCUAUCGCUCUCCACAAGUUUUCUAUGCACCAGUAGCUCGGAAGGCGGCGGCGAGAACUUCAAAGCGCAAACAGUCGUUGCUGACAAGGUCAAGUAUCGUCUGGAGCAGCUGGAUCACUUCGAUGAUGGCAGUAUGCGUCACAUGAUGGAUCUAACGCAGCAGGAGUAUAUACAACGGUUCGAUCAGCUGAAGCAGGAGCUUAUACAGUCCUGGCACAGUGAUCAGCGAGUCAAGGCCCUCAAGAUAGCCAUACAAUGUGCUAAAAUGCUGUCGGACACGAGCGUCUUGCACUUCUAUCCCAGUCAAUAUGUUCUCAUCACCGACAUCUUAGAUGUCUUUGGCAAGCUCGUCUACGAGCGACUACGUGCCAAGGCAGCAGGUGCACCGGGAGCAUCGGCUGUGACACUGCAGCGAGAACGCGAAGCAGCACGCGAUACUUGUCAGAAUUGGUUCUAUAAGAUAGCCUCGAUUCGAGAGCUGUUGCCGCGGCUUUAUCUCGAAAUGGCCAUAUUUAAAUGCUAUGAGUUUCUAACAUCAUCGCAACAAGAAACUGAACAACUGCUACUCCGGCUGACGAGUCAAUUGCGUGGCAUUGCAGAUCCUUUGGUCUCCAGCUAUGUGCGUUGCUACUUGGUACGCGUCGGAGCUCCUGUUACACCCAGCAAACUUUACAUACGAGACAACUUCAACGACUUCUUUAUCAUGUAUCCACAGAUUUUCCGCUUAGUGGCCCGCUACAACUUGCAUCCAGAGAUAAUCACGGCCACCGCCUAUUUACAACUUUAUGCGCCUGCCCUGGACUUCAUGCUGCAGUGUCUCAUGCACAAGAGCGAAGUGUAUGCCGAAGAAAUGCUUAGCGAGUGUAAACAGCUUAAGAACAACGGUGCUGUACUUUUAUCCAUACUCAACUCUUCCAAAGGCGAGUUCAUUGCCUCGCAUGCUCAUGAGUUUUUGGAGCUUAUCAAUAACUGCGACACACCCGGCAUUUCAAAAUCUCAGUUGCUGCGACCGCUGGGCAGUUGUGUCAGUAGCUGUGCUCCGUUGCAGGAGCAGCGUGUUCCCUUUCUAAAUGCCGCAUUUCAAACCAUCAACACGCUCACGGAUCCCAAUGAGUACAUUAAUUGUGUGGAGACGUGGACACCCUUUGUAGCGCAGUGUUUUACGAUACACGAGGUGAAUCGUUUGCUAGGUGAACUGAACACCCGCAUGUGCCUCGGCAAGGCCUAUGAGAAGCACUAUGGUCAGCUGCAGAGUAUCUUGACGAGAAUCAUGCAAAACUAUCGUAGCAUCGAGUUGCUGCUUAUACAACCGCAUUUUUUGCCCUACUUAGAUCUAUUCCAUAAGGAAUCGGUGCGCGUGGAAGUCUGUAAAUCCAUACUGAGUUACUAUCGUCAAAAUAGCGAAGAACAAACUUGCGAUGCUGUUGUUACCAAUGCGCUGAUGUAUCUGGGAAAGAUACUAAACGACUCCGUCAAUGCUCUCACAGUCGAGGAUGAACGGCGACAAAUCUCGCAGCUCAUUAAUGGUUUCAUCAACAAAGUGCACUUUGGUCGAGAUUUGGAGCAGCAGCUCAGCUUCUAUGUGGAGGCACGCGGCACAUUUAGCAACUUGGAUGCGGUCUAUAUAACCCUUGUGCAUGCCGCCUGUAAGCUAACCAUGCGUUCUUCCAAUCGGCAAUUGUCAAAAUCGUUGGGUUUCAUCAAAGCCUGCAUUGCUUACUGCUUCAUUACCAUUCCUAGUAUUACUGCUGUUCAGCAGAAAAUGGAUUUGUAUCUGCUCUGUGGUCAGCUAGCGCUGCGGCAUCUCUGCUUAGGCCAAGCUGAUGCCUGUUUUGAAGCUGCACUUCAACUGGUCAACGAGUUGCCCACGGUCGCUGUCGAUUUUGAGGGCAAACCGCGUUGCCUAGAACGCUAUCUGGUCGCAUAUUUAUGCAAUAUGCUCGCCACAUUGAUUGUAGUGCCCGACAGUCCUGAGCAGGGCGUCCUAUAUUUUCUGCGCCUGCUGCUGGAGAUCGUAGGUAGGCGAUCCUUUAAAGCGAACAGCACAGCGCCCACUAUCAUAUAUUUGCAUGCUCUGGACAUGCUGUAUGUACAAAGUCUGGAACAGUUUCCCUACCACAUCGACGGCGUGGUUUCCAAUGAUGCACUUUACGGUCAUGAUCCCAAGUUCCUAGUGGAGGUGAAUAAUCUGUGUGGUCAAGUGGUGGAUGCCAUUCUACUGCAACUGAAAUCUUUGGGCGCUGCCCAACAGCUGCGCACACAAGCACAGCUAUCCAUGGAGUUAUUUAUGCGCAUUGUGCGAUACGCAGAUCUUGAUAAAGAACCUCUUUGCCAGCUGGCAAUAAAACUCUGGCUGUUGGCCAACAAAUCGCAGGCUGAACUAGAUUCCGAAACAAUACCACAAACGUUGUGCAGUGUGGAGCACUUUUACAAAUUGGUAAAGGAUGCGUCACCGUCGAGAGCUCAGACCAUUGCCAAGCUGUUGCUGCGUAUGCGGGAUAGUUGAAACUGAGAAUCUAUAGUCAUACUAUAUAAUCUAUAUAUAAGUUGUGGCUAAUCAAGCGUAGAUAGCGGCUUGGUUACCAUGAUAACUACUUGAAUUUCGUUGUGCAAUCAAAUGGCUGAAUUAAGACUUACAAUAUUUAUAUAAUGAAUUAAUCUUAUGACUUACUUGGAACAUAUUAAAUGUAAUCAAACACCA